AUGUCGUUCGACAGACCCGAAGUGUACAGUGCGCCCGUUCUGCAAGGUGAUUCAGCUAAUGAAGAUGAUAACACGGAGAUUGUCAAGUCUUUUAAAAAUUUUGUACUGGAAUUCAGGCUGGGGUCGCAUUUUCUGUACAGAGACCAACUGAGGAACAAUCUGUUGGUCAAAAACUACUCCCUCGUGGUCGAUAUGGAACACCUGAUAGGGUAUAAUGAAGAUCUUUACAAAAGGCUGGCGGACGAACCAUCGGAUGUCGUGCCGCUGUUUGAAGUCUCGAUAACUGAGGUGGCCAAGAGAAUUGCGCUGCUUUCCAAGGUGCAGCAAUCCCAUGUAGAUUUGGCCUCUGAAGAUGUGUCCAAUUUCCCGACUUUUCAAUUGAUCCUGACCUCGAAGGCGAAUCAGAUUCUAUUGAGAGAACUGAAUUCGGAGCAUGUAGCAAAGAUUGUCAGGUUUUCAGGCAUAAUUAUAUCAGCGUCGGUCCUAUCGUCAAGAGCGACAUACCUUUCGUUGAUGUGUCGCACCUGUAGGCAUACCAUGUCUCUGAGAAUAAACAAUUUUAAUUCCAUCAGUGGUGGUUCAGUGAACUUGCCACAUUCAUGUCAAUCAACCGUGGCAACGGCCAAUAAUGACAAUCCAACCGAAGAGUUUUCCAAGAAAAACUGUGGUCCUGAUCCAUAUAUCAUCAUCCAUGAAAGUUCAAGAUUUAUUGAUCAGCAAUUCCUAAAGCUGCAGGAAAUCCCGGAGUCUGUUCCAGUUGGUGAAAUGCCACGUAAUAUUCUGAUGACCUGUGAUAGAUAUCUGACGAAUCGCGUUGUUCCAGGUACAAGAGUAACAGUUGUGGGCAUUUAUUCGAUCUAUCAAUCAAGGAAAAAAGCUGGUGCUGGUUCAUCAAAUGGUGUCGCAAUAAGAAAUCCAUAUAUCAAAAUAUUGGGAAUCCAGACAGACCUAGAGACCGCCAAUUUUUGGAACUCUAUUCAAAUGUUUUCUGAAGAGGAGGAAGAAGAGUUUUUAACAAUGAGUAGAAGAUCGGAUGUCUAUGAUCUUUUAACAAAUUCAAUUGCACCAUCAAUUUAUGGCUCAAAAGAUAUCAAAAAAGCAAUAGUUUGUUUAUUAAUGGGUGGUUCAAAAAAACUUCUUCCGGAUGGCAUGAGAUUGAGAGGUGAUAUAAAUGUUCUGCUGUUAGGUGAUCCUGGUACUGCAAAAUCCCAAUUACUAAAAUUUGUCGAAAAAAUCGCUCCAAUUUCUGUCUAUACUUCGGGCAAAGGUUCCUCUGCUGCUGGUUUAACAGCUAGUGUUCAAAGAGAUCCAAUGACAAGAGAAUUUUACCUUGAAGGUGGAGCAAUGGUCCUUGCCGAUGGUGGUGUCGUUUGUAUUGAUGAAUUUGAUAAGAUGAGAGAUGAAGAUCGUGUUGCAAUUCACGAAGCAAUGGAACAGCAAACUAUUUCUAUUGCAAAGGCUGGUAUUACAACAGUUCUAAAUUCAAGAACAAGUGUUUUAGCCGCUGCAAACCCAAUUUAUGGUCGUUACGAUGAAUUAAAAUCUCCAGGUGAAAAUAUUGACUUUCAGACAACUAUCCUAUCUCGUUUCGAUAUGAUUUUUAUUGUCAAAGAUGAUCAUAAUGAACAACGGGAUAUUUCAAUUGCAAAUCACGUUAUGAAUAUUCAUACAGGCCGUACUUCAAACGUUGAGUCGGCAUUGGAAAAUGAAGGAAUGGAAAUUAGUAUGGAAAAGAUGAAGAGGUAUAUAACAUACUGUAGACUCAAAUGUGCUCCAAGACUCUCAGCAGCAGCUGCUGAAAAACUUUCAUCGCAGUUCGUUAGCAUUAGAAAACAAUUGCUUAUUAAUGAAUUGGAAUCUACAGAGAGAUCUUCCAUUCCAAUUACCAUUCGUCAAUUGGAAGCUAUUAUACGUAUUACUGAAUCACUGGCGAAGCUAGAAUUAAGCCCAGUGGCUCAUGAAAGGCAUGUAGAUGAAGCAAUAAGACUAUUCCAGGCCUCAACGAUGGAUGCUGCCUCACAAGAUCCUGUUGGCGGUUUGAACUCAAGCAAUUCUAUGGCAGAAAUCCGUCGCAUUGAACAUGAAUUGAAAAGAAGACUACCAAUAGGUUGGUCAACAUCCUAUCAAACAUUAAGAAGAGAAUUUGUCGAUUCCAAUAGGUUCUCGCAAGGUGCUCUAGACAAAGCUUUAUAUAUUCUGGAGAAGCAUGAUACUAUUCAGCUUAGGUACCAAGGUCAAAAUAUUUAUAGAAGCAGUGCAUAG